AUGGAUGCGAAAACUGCUGAAGCUGCUCCAGAGCCUUUGAAGUAUCAGACUUGGUACUUGAAAGUUUCCAUCCACUGUGAAGGUUGCAGGAGGAAAGUAAAGAAAGUUCUGAAGAACAUUGAUGGUGUUUUCACCGCAACAAUCGACCUACAGCAGCAGAAAGUAACUGUCACUGGAAGUGUUGGUGUUGAGACUCUUCUCAGGAAGCUGGUCAGAGCUGGAAAACACGCUGAGAUUUGGCCGGAGAAUCUCGAGGGGAAGGGAAAAAGCUCCAGCAAAGAGAAAAAGGAGAAUAAGAGCGGAACAAAAGAACCAAAAGGCUUAGAAAACAAGGGAACUGAAAGUGCUGCAAAGUGUGGCAAAGAAAGCAAGAGCAGCAGCUCAAAAACCGGCGGUGGCUCGCCGGAAAAGCCUCCGGUCUUCAACCAGGAUCCGCCGGAGGGUGGUGGCGGAGGGGGUUCUGGUAAGAAGAAGAAAAAGAGAACUCAGAGUGGUGGCAAUGGGUUGAGUGCAGGUGCACCAUCCAGGAAUGCACAUGAGCACAGUGGAUUCCAGUUCCAGAAUCCUGGGCAGGUUGUGGGCCAGGUGAAUCUGGACCCUACACGUCAGCAAUCAUUCUCAUACCCAGAAGCACAUUAUCCUCCUCCAAUGGUUUAUUAUGUUGCAUCUCACAACAGAUUUUAUCCCAUGGGAAGAUUUGGUGGUUCUUACUAUGUUCCCCCUUCACCCUACAUUUCUGCAGGCAUAGAUCAAGAUGGUGCUUGUCAAUUUCAAUCACCACCCUUGGUUUCCUUUGAGAUAUUCAGUGAUGAAAAUGCUAAUGGAUGUUCCAUUAUGUGA